ACCACAAACACCCGAUGUUUCAACACCUACUUGGAAAAGUAUCCCACAAAGCCCUUGACUUGUUGCAUGGAGAGGCAAUUAGGAGGCUAGAUGUCUUGGAGCGCUUUAAUUCAUCAUGUGGUUGCCAAAUGUGGCACAGCUGUGGGUUGCCCUGUGCUUGUAGGAUAGAAAAGUACAUGCGUGAAGAGCGUCCGAUUCAACUCGAAGACAUAGACGUCUUCUGGCGGAAACUUAACUUCCAAAGUUGUAAAUUGAUAGACGACUCCCUUGACGUGGUCGAAGAGCUAGAUGUUGUUAGACAACAAUUACAGUCGCACCCUCCAGCUCAGCAAAAAAGCCUGCUUUCAAAGAUUAAAGCGGUGUUGACUCCAACGAAAUCUACCAAGAAACCACCGGUUGUCCAACAAAAUACUCGUGGCCGACCAACAACAAAGCAGGUACAAGAAAGGUUGGACGAGGCCUCUCGUAUAGAUGAAGAAUUGAGGAGAAGCUCCUUCGGUGAUGCAAACACGUGCUUUGAAGGUUCACGACAAAGUAAGUACGAUAAACCUCGCCACAGCUCGUACGUUCCGUCUCAAGCCUCACAACAGUCGGUUAUAAGGUCCCAAAAACCCAAAGCGACCCUAAGCCGUUCAAAGAGUUCUAAGAAGAAAGAGACACGAGAUGGUCACGGUUUUCCUUUAAUCAUUGGGGACGAGUACGUGGGAAUCAUCGAACGGUUUAAGUCUGACAUUCCGCCAGUGUUCCAUCCGUACGUCUCGUGCAUACGAGAUGUGAUGCCGGACGGUCAUUGUGGGUUUCGGUCUGUGGCUGUGGGCUUAGGGAUGGAUCAGAGUUCAUGGGGGCGUAUUAGAAGGGACCUUGUUCAAGAAAUGGAUCAGAACGAAUCGAUCUGGUUCCCAAUAUUUGAAGCAUGGGCUGCAGGUUAUUUUUACACGCAUCGUCAGGGCCUAAUUUGGGAUUCAGUGGCCGGUUGUGGGGAGAAUCACUGGAUGGACUUCCCCUUUGCAGGACUUCUUAUUGCACAAACGUACGGUAUCGGGGUGCACCUGUUAACGACAACCAUGGGUGCGAGUUCCACUUACUUCCCAAUACUAAGUCCUCCGGCUAAUCAACAACCAUUAUUCAUAACGCUUACACAUGUUAACGAGAACCACUUCAUACAUGUUAAGCUGGAAGGGGAUUAUCCUAUGCCACCAGCACACGGGCUAUGGUUGACCCACCGAAGACCCCACACAGAACAAUGGGAAGAUAUGUACUUGCCACGUCUAGAAUGGUAUACAUCGAUAAUGAAUCCUCGCCACUUCUAUAUCAGCGCGCGGCUACAGCCGAGGCCGUGCGCGCUAGCACACGGUCUAGCCCAGUACUUCGCCUCCGGCCAUCACCGGCAGGAGCGCGGAUUUUUGUAUGGCGGGGCGUACGUGACCGUCAUUGCCCGUUCAUUUGGCCUCGUACCACAUCAGGACCCACAUCUACGGACGCCGGCCAUCAUGCCGACGCGGAUGGGUAUGCAGUCGCUAUGGGGGAUGAGGGUUAUCAAGAGGUUCCCGGUUGGCCCGCGGUUUAAAAACCGCGAGGGGGGCGUAUGGAGAGAGGAGGACCUACCAGAGCAUUUCGAGGACGUUCAUCCUCCUGCAGAUCCUGCUGAUGUAGUGCCCGUGGAGGACCCUCCGGAGGAUCUAGACGGUGCAGCGGCGCCACAGCCACCGCCACCUGCCGGGGCACCUCAGUUUCCACGUCACGCUAUUCGAGGUGGUGCCCCAGGAGCUGCACUACAUCCGGAUGUACGAGCCAGGCUUGACAGGCUCGACGAUUUGUUAUUCAGUUACUCAAUGAUUGUUCUCUUAAAUUUAGAUAAUACGGAAACAAUAUAA